AUGACCAAUUCCUUACUUUUUCUUUGGGUGGAACCAAUACCUUACUCCUUGUAUAAUAUAUGUGGACAAAAUCCGCAGAGUGAUUAUCAGGUGUUCCUGAGCUUCAGAGGAAAAGACACUCGACAGGGAUUCACGGACUGCCUAUAUCAUUUUCUGAUAGAUGCUGGGAUACGCGUCUUUAGGGACAAUGAAGAGCUCCGCCCGGGCCAUAAAAUCAAGGAGAUUCUGACUGCGAUUAAUAAAUCGUUAGUCUGUGUACCGAUCCUCUCCCCAAACUACGCAAACAGCAAAUGGUGCCUCCUUGAGCUCGCUGAGAUGGUCAAGCUUAAGAAGGACAUCAUGCCGAUCUUCUACAAGGUGGAAGCAAACGAUGUUAAGCUGAAGACGAAACUAUACCGCGAUCAACUAAGCGAAUAUGGGAAGGAGUAUGAUGCUGAUAAAGUUAAGUGGGGAAGGGCCCUUGAAGAGGUUGGUGCUAUCUUUGACAAAGCGCAGUUGGAGGGGACCUUCAAGGAGGUUGGCCGGAUCAAGGCAUGGACAUUGAUGGACUAUCCUGGUUAUGGAGAAGUGAGUAAAGAAGUUGUGAGGGAGAUUCUAAUCAAGCUGCAGGUGAAACAUAAAGUUGUGGAGGGUCCCCUGAUUGGAAUGGAUGAUCAUGUUGAUGCCACGAGGAAGUUACUCCAUAUCGGGUCUGCUGAUGUACGGUUCGUUGUAAUUCAUGGAAGUGGCGGAGUUGGCAAGACGACUCUUGCCAAGGUCAUUUUUAACCAACUCUGCGAUAGUCGUGACAGCUCCCACCAUUGCUGCUUUCUUGGCAACGUGCGAGAAACAGCAAAGCGGAAUGGUCUCGUACAUUUGCAAAAUAUGCUCUUGAGAGAAUUUAACCCUAGGAUGAGGGAAAUCUCUGAUAUUGAUUCAGGGAUCAAGACAAUCAAAGACUCUGUCAUGAACAAGAAGGUUCUCAUUAUUCUCGAUGACUUGGACGAACACGAGCAGAUAGAGAACCUAGCGGGAGAUCCUACUUGGUUUGGUUUGGGAAGUAGAAUAAUCGUCACGACAAGGAAUCGAAGCUGCAUUUUGGGGCGUCCUGGUGUAUUGGUCUAUUGCAUGUCCGUAAUGAGUUUUGGCCAUGCUCUUCAACUAUUCAGCAAACAUGCAUUUAAGAUGGACUCACCUCCAAUCGAAUGCCUCCAAAUCUCGAAGGAGGUUGUCGCCGCUUGUGGACGGCUUCCGCUGGCUCUCGAGGUCAUGGGUUCGUAUCUUCAUCAUGUAGACAAGGACCAAUGGAAAUCCAAAAUAGACGUGAUAGCAUCACAUAACGAUGUCCAGAAGAAGCUUAUGAUCAGCUUUGAGGCCUUGGAUCCUCGGACUAAAGAAAUCUUCCUCGACAUAGUAUGCUUUUUUGUCGACAGAGAAACAAUGAAUGCAAAAUAUAUGUGGGAGGCAUGCGAUUUUCAGCCUGAAGAGGGAGUCGAACGCCUUAAAUCAAUGUCUCUUAUCAAGAUCUCAGAAAAAAGUAUGUUCUGGAUGCACGACUUGAUUCGAGACCUUGGAAGGGAAAUCAUUAUCCAAGAAAAUCUGAAACGUCCCGAAAGGCGUAGUCGGUUAUGGUCGACCAAACAAGUUAAACACGUUCUAUUGAAAGAGAAGGGAACAAGUGACACUGAUGCAUUUUGUCUAAGUAGCUCUAAUGAUGGCUUCGACAGCUCGCUUUCUACUAUUACUGCGAAACAAAUCAAACCUCUACAGAGUCUCAGGUUUCUUGAACUGCAUCGGGUGCAGUUGACAGGUGACUUUGAGUAUGCACUUCAAGAUCUAAAAUGGUUCUCUUGGAGUUCACAUAGGAGUGCUACUCGUGAGGAGGAAUAUUUGGAGGUGACCAAUUUGGUGCUGCAAGAUAUAGUCGUUCUUAACCUUUCAAUUAGCAACAUCACGGAUGACUGGUUUUGGGGGCCUAAUAAGAUCAAGAUCGGAGAAAACCUUAAGGUCUUGGACCUUUCCCAAUGCACGGAACUAAGGAGAACACCAAACUUUUCCAAGCUACAGGUGCUGGAGAGGUUGAGCCUCGAUUCCUGUGGGAAGCUACAAGAAAUUGAUCGCUCCAUCGGCAAACUGAGGCUUUUGAAGUACUUGAAUAUCAGGGAUUGUCAAACUCUUGGAGGAUUACCUGAAGAGAUGGGAAACUUAGAAAAUCUAGAGGAGUUGAUGGUGGUACAUUGCGGUAAAGAUCAGCGUUUUUCCAUACAGUUCCCCAUCGGUACACUAGGUUCAUUGUCGAUCCUCAAAAUUGAGUCUGUGAAUCUCUUUAUGCUUCCACCCUCUACUGGGGCACUCAGGAAACUUAAGCAGCUAUCCAUAGCUUCUACUAAGGUAAGAGAACUUCCAGAGACAUUGGGAUACCUGAGCUUAUUGACUGAACUAGAUGUUUCAUCUUCACCAGUAAACAAGUUGCCCAUGUCCAUUGGACUUCUUAAGGACUUGAGGGUGAUGAAGAUGAACUCUUCUUGGAUAAGGGAGUUGCCCAGUUCCAUUGGCUACCUUGAGAAGCUUGAGGAGUUGCAUGCAGCAGAUAGUUUUUUGGAGCACAUUCCAGAAGACAUUGGGAGGCUGUCCCGGCUGAGAAUCCUAGACCUAUCGCAUUCCAACAAUUAUAAUAGUUGGGGAUGGCCCUCGUCUUCCAGAAUUUGUGGAUUGCCCUCGACGAUAUAUAAAGCUACCGCCCUCCAGCAGCUCUUUCUAAGCAAUUGUGACAAAAUUGAAGAAUUGCCAAAUCUUCCCUCUAGUUUGACCAGCCUGCAUGUUAGUUCUCGGUCGCUAUGGAAACUGCCUAAUCUAUCGAACCUGGAAUGCCUCAACAACUUAAAGUUAACCGGCAACAUGGACGAGCUUGUACUGAACCUCCCGGGCCGGCACCCGUCUUCUAAUGCGAACUGGAUCAAGAACCUUCCCUUACUAGAGAGCUUCACCUUUGCCUUUAGAAGUAUCACUCACGUGCAAAUGGACACCAGCGCCUUCCCUCGUCUCAAGGAGCUUCGAUUAUAUUGUCCGGACUUGCAGAUUAUUUCACAACUUCCCUUGAGCUUAUCAAUGCUGCACCUUCUUGGUAUCCGUGCAGGCAUCAGAUUUCCUGAAUGCCUUAGGGAGAUGGAGGGGUUGAAAAAAUUAGAUUUAUCGCACUGCAGGUUCGUUAAUGAGCUCCCUCAACUAGGAAAUGUCCAGCAUUUGCGUAUAAACUGGUGCACUCUCCCUCAAUCAAUCCUCGAUCUGUCAGGGUUCAGGAUGCUACAAAAAUUUGAAAUAAUUGACUGCAAAAACUUGGUGGCAGUUCGAGGGGUCGAAAACAUGAAAUUCUUGAAUUCGAUUACAGUGUUUAAUUGCCCGUCCUUGAGAGAAAUCUAUGAUCUAUCAAAGUUCUCAACUCUACACUUUCGCCUUGAUGGUUCUCUUGGGUGGUUAGAAGGGCCUUCGUGUCCAAAAUCGUAUUCAGCCGUUGGUCGUGGCUGCUACCAACUCCCUGAAGGCAUGCCCGAAACAGAUCCGAUUGAAGUAGAGUGGAAACUUUAUAGAUAGAUCUCUUUUUGAACAUGAUGUUGGAAAUUUGGGUGAUUUAUUUUAUGCUAGUAGGUGGUGUGUGCUUAUUGAAUUGAUAGAGGCAAUGGGAAAAUAUUUGAAGGAUAGAAGAAGUAUAAAUGUAGCCUCUCAAAAUAACAUCCACAUGUAUGCAUUUAGUAGACACAAGAAUUCUCUAGCAUUCUAGCAUAUGUAACAUCUUACAUUUAUAGCAUGAUCUAUUACAAGUAAAUGACCGCACAUAUAUUUAG